AUAAUGUUUGGACUUGGCAAAUUGCUAUAUGUAGUGCUCCUUACCGUGAACGGUUUGGCUGUGCUUAGUGAAGACCGGUUCUUGAAUAGAAUUGGCUGGGGUUCUUCUUCGCCAGCAGCCAGUAACCAACAUUACCUGCAAUUUUCAGGAAUGCAAUCCACCAACGGAGGUGACGCAUCCAUCAAGAGUAGACUUAUAAAUCUUAUUGGAGCAGUGAGAACCCUUAUGCGAUUGCCUUUGAUUUGUGUGAAUGUGGUGGUUAUUUUGUAUGAAUUAGUCUUAGGUUAG